AUGACGCAAAUCCCCGAUUGGGCUGAUCAGACAGGCUUCGAUCUUGCCUCAUCUUCUGACGAGGAAUUCGUCUCUACUGAGCCCACCCAAAUUGAAGCCUCCAUGGAACCCGAUAUCACAUUUAGAUCAAAUCUCUCUUCUGCACUCGGAAAGCUCAGUUUGCAGGAAUCUUCAAGUGGGAGCUCCGUUCGAAGCGCGUCCCGGACAUCCACACCUGCCACCAGAGCUUCCAUCCUCACCAGACCAAGCUUAUCGAUAGCCAAAACUCCCAUGCAGCUCCUUGACUUACCCUUGGACGUUUUGAGGGAUAUAAUAAAGGAGGUAACGCAUGCGACUGACCUCACCUCUCUUGCUUUGACAUGCUCCACCCUCCAUGGAUUGGCUGUUCCGCACAUGUACUCGCGCUUUGAUAUCGUCUGGCCGGAGUCCUUAAACCCCACUGAUGAUUACUCGGGAGUCGAUGCCUUAUCCUACGGCUUGUCAACAUUGGUGAUGGGAGAAGAUGUGUUUCAUCAGAUGCCAAUCACCAGAGACGACCAAUCGGCGAAUGCAUGUUCAAAUUGUGGUUGUACCGGCCAAGGAAAUAAUAAAGCCACCCAGAAAAAGCAGACUUCCACGGGAUUCUCGUCACGACGAGGUAAUCAUUAUGCGCAGUAUACUCGCACGUUUUCAAUAGGUAAUGGUCCAUUGAUCUGGGUUCAGGAGUAUUCUGUCAACAGGGAAAUUGGCAAAAUGCUUGGGACGUUGGUGGCUUUGGCCGUUGCUCGAAUGGACAACCUCGAGGCAUUUAUCUGGGAUAUGCCCACGGGUGUUGUCCGUGAAAUUUGGCUUGCGCUGGGCUCACUAGCAGACCGAUUAAAUCACGAGUGUCGCUUGGACCGUGUUUGGGUUCGUUGGCACGACAAUUCAGAGAACCAGGCGCGCAUUUCGACUGUUACAACGACCGGAAGUCGUCUGCGGAAUUACCAGCACGUGGAACACCCUUCCCUGUCCGUGCUGCCACCACUCAGAAAUGUGGCGGUGCUGGAUAUAGAUGAGAAGGCUUAUGUUGAGGAGAUGGCUGUUCUUAUUGAACGAUCUCGUCAUCGUUUGGUAGAAUUGCGGAUCGGAAUAGCGCAGAAGGCUCACCUUUCACCCUGGAUUCUUUGUGCAAAGGAUAAUGAUGCGUCUUCAGACUCCCUUUUUGAUUGGCCCAGAAUUGGUGGAAUUCUCAGUAUUCUCACGAAACGUGAUGUCCCGGCUUCGGAUGACACUCCUACAGCCUCGUCAAACCCCAACUUGUCGACACAGCCAGAUGACAUGCUAGGUAACUCCCUCACUGGAGACCCCUUUGCUAAAAAGCGAAAGCAUGUCAAUUUGAAUAACACUGAUUCGGCUCGAGAUGAUACAUCACCACCUAAAACCAAAGUUUCCUCCCCUCAGCCAGUUUAUCGCUUUCAGCCCAACAAUGAUAAGCUUAACCUUCAGGUCUUUGAGUUGGAACGUGUGCCUCUUUCUGUGUCUUCACUAUUACCCACACUGGAUUGGACUCGACUCACCACUCUAACUCUCAUGCAAUGCGAGGACCAUGAACAGCUUUGGAGAGCUCUACGUCGGAAAUAUGCACCACCACCAACGCUACCAAAACGAUUGCAAAAUGGAGACCACAGCCAUGCCAACUAUAGUGGGCAUGAUUAUUCGCUCAAUAUAAAGCAUUUAAGAACAGACACUGUGUCACCUUAUCUGAUGCUCUUUAUCAAAGAUGCUCUCGCUCCAAAUACACUAGAAAGUGUUUUCUUGCAUGAAGCAAUGCCUUACGAAUCAACUGUGCAGAUCGAAGCCAUCUACCGGCACAUCAUUCGAAAGCAUCGACUGAGCUUGCGGAGGAUUCUGAUCGAUGCUUCUAAUAGGCGUGAUAAUCCUCUCAGUAUUGACAGACACUGGCACAAGUGGAUGUUGAAUCACGAAAUGAUAGCAUUUGUCACUAGUGGGCGAAUGCCACAAUUGAAAGAAAUUGGAAUGGCAAUGCACUAUAGAGACUGGCACUACUUCCUCCAGCGGCUUCCCAAUAUGUCUCAGCUCCGUGCUUUAUACUUGCCUCACAUCCGCGAAUCUGUACAUCGUGACCUGAAAGAGCUUGCCCUACAAGUUCUUGACAUUGUCAGCAUCCGCGCAGAGCUCAAAAUCGCUUACGUUGGUCUCGAAAAGAAAUGCUACCAGAUUCUUGAAGGUAGCUCUCAUGAAUCCGACCCGGACUUUGAAGAUGCUACUAAUGAUGAACACUCAUCAGAUCCUGAUGAUGACGACAACGAUGAUGAUCUUUCCGAUUUUGGCAAUGGCUCUAUUCACGAUGAUGACACCCCGGAACAAAACCAGGAGCUUUUAUCAAGUGAUAUUUCCGACGACGAUGACGAGCCAGAUGAGCUCUGUUCUUCUCGCACCCAGUUCAAACUCCAAGAAAUACCUUUUGAUGACGACAAGAUAUCCAUUUUUAAGGCGCGUCAUGGUGUUAUUUAA